AUGAGUACCGGCGCGGGUGACAUAGUUGAUUCGGAGGGCGUUUGCGGUGACGGUUGGGACCAAUUUAACGACAAAUACUACGAUAUAUGCUAUAAGUAUUUCACGGAAGGGUUAGCCGACUACCAGACUGUGGUCACAGCGUGUCGGUCAGAAAAUGACUCAUCACUUCCGACAAUUAACUCAAAGUCAGAGCAGGACUUUAUCAACAAAUUGAUAGUAAAAUACAAAAUGAUUGACAGCGUAUGGCUCGACGCGACCAUUAAAGGCAAACACAUUGUAUGGACAGACAGUACUUACGCUGAAUACGAUAACUGGGUCUACGGCCGACCCGUAAACAAUAGCAUUUGCGUCGAAAUGAUCACAGAUAACACUAAUAGCUUGACCACAGCCACCAUGGGCAAAUGGCAAGAUCGUACCGAGCGUUUAAUCAGGGACAAUCGCCGGAUGAUAGACAAGUGGGUAGCGAGAAUGAGCCAAAUCGAAACCGAGUGUCAUUUGCCGAUAGGUUUUAUAUAUGUGCAGUUACCAAACCAGGUCGAACCCAGAGUAUUGUGUCCUAAAUCCACCUGGUCAGAUGUCACAUUUAGCCAUCACGGAUAUACAGGCAAUACAGACGAGGACAGUCAGCCGAGUUUUCAAGAUCAAAUUUUAAAGUUUAUGGUCCCGGCGGGUGAGGUACGGCCCCGCAAUCAAGCGGUCCGCAUUUUUAAACGUACCGCAUAA